ACCUCCGAACUCGGUCUUUAAAUUUUCCCCCCCGCCAACGCGCAUUUGCAUCAGCAGCAGCGGCAGCAGCAGCAGCAACAACAAACACCACACCACACCACACCACACUAAUAAUAAGCUAGCUAGCUCGCUAGCUAGCUAAAAUAAGUCUUAAACUAGGCUACUACGCUACGUACGCUGGUGCAGCAGCAAGUAAUUGAUCAGAAAGAGAUCAAGAAGGAAAAGGGAGAAUGGCGACGGAUCCAUUGCCGCCCUUGUUGAGCUCGGUGAAGCUCAAGUACGUGAAGCUGGGGUACCAGUACCUGGUGAACCACAUCCUGACGGUGCUGCUGGUGCCGGUGAUGGCGGCGAUCUGCGUGGAGCUGGGGCGGCGCGGGCCGGGGGAGAUGGCGGCGCUGUGGCGGCAGUUCCGCGAGCUGGACGUGGUGCACGUGCUGUGCGGGGCGUUCGUGUGCAUCAUAGCGGGGACGGUGUACGCGCUGUCGAGCCCGCGGGCGGUGUACCUGGUGGACUUCGCGUGCUUCCGGCCGACGCGCGACUGCCGGGUGCCGUUCGCGACGUUCCUGGAGCACGCGCGGCUGCUGCCCUACUUCGACGAGCGGACGGUGCGGUUCAUGGUGCGGAUCCUGGAGCGGUCGGGGCUGGGGGAGGAGACGUGCCUGCCGCCGGCGAACCACUACAUCCCGCCGCAGCGCAGCAUGGCGGCGGCGCGGGCGGAGGCGGAGCUGGUGAUCUUCUCGGCCGUGGACGAGCUGCUGGCGAAGACGCGGGUGACGGCGAAGGACAUCGACAUCGUGGUGGUGAACUGCAGCCUCUUCUCGCCGACGCCGUCGCUGUCGGCGAUGGUGGUGAACCGGUACGGGCUGCGGAGCAACGUGCUGAGCUUCAACCUGUCCGGGAUGGGCUGCAGCGCGGGGCUGAUCUCGGUGGACCUGGCGCGGGACCUGCUGCAGGCGCGGCGCGACGCCUACGCGCUGGUGGUGUCGACGGAGAUCAUCACCCCGAACUACUACACGGGGAUGGAGCGCGCGAUGCUGCUGCCCAACUGCCUCUUCCGGAUGGGCGCCGCCGCCCUGCUGCUCACCAACCGCCGCGCCGAGCGCGCGCGCGCCAAGUACCGGCUGUGCCACGUGGUGCGCACGCACAAGGGCGGCGACGACGGGGCCCACCGGUGCGUGUACCAGGAGGAGGACGAGGAGGGGAUCGUGGGGAUCCGGCUGUCGAAGGACCUGAUGGCCGUGGCCGGGGAAGCCCUCCGCGCGAACAUCACGACGAUCGGGCCGCUGGUGCUGCCGGCGUCGGAGCAGCUGCUGUUCCUGCUGUCGCUGGUGGCGCGCAAGGUGUUCGGGCUGCGCUGGAAGCCCUACAUCCCGGACUUCAGGCAGGCCUUCGACCACUUCUGCGUGCACGCCGGGGGGAGGGCGGUGAUCGACGAGCUGCAGAAGAGCCUGCGCCUGCGGGACGAGGACGUGGAGGCCUCGCGCAUGGCGCUGCACCGCUUCGGCAACACCUCCUCCAGCUCCCUCUGGUACGAGCUCGCCUACAUCGAGUCCAAGGGCCGCAUGCGCCGCGGCCACCGCGUCUGGAUGAUCGGCUUCGGCAGCGGCUUCAAGUGCAACAGCGCCGUCUGGCGCUGCCUCCGCACCGUCCGCGGCCCCGUCGACGGGCCCUGGGCCUCCACCAUCCACCGCUACCCGGUCCACGUCCCCGACGUCGUCAAGCUCUCCUAGCUACCUACCUACCUAGCUACCGACCUACCUAAUUAAUUAAUUAAUUAAUUAAUUAAUUAAUUAAUUACGUACCUCCUCCUCCUCCUCGGCUCCUCCUCCUCCUCCUUAAUUACAUAUCUAUCUAUCUCCAUGCAUGCAUCCUUAAUUCCAUCCUAGAUUUAUUACUUCCUAGCUAUCAAUUAAAUUAAAUCAAAUCAAAUCAAAUUAAUCACCACCAGGCACGAGCCCAGUGCCAGCGUCCAUGCAUGCAUGGAUGCAUAUAUUAUAUAUGUGCCGACCAGUUCAGUUCAGUUCAGAUCAUGAGAUCAGAUCAGAUCAGUCUCUAGCUAGCUACGACCAGGAAAAAAGAAAAAAAGAAAAAAAGAAAAGGAGUACUCACUAGUCAGUAGUAAUGUAAUCUCUCUCUCUCCCUCUCUCUCUCUCUCU